AUGACAAAGAUGUCUUCUACUUACAUAUACCACUUCCUUAUCCUGAGCUGGUAUAUUUUCCUUAACUAUUACAUUUCCCAAUCGGAAGGGGAUCCACAGAAAUCCAAAAUAUUCCAAAAUGGCGGACAGUGGAAGUACUUGACAUUCCUUAAUCUGUUCUUACAGGCCAUUUUCUACGGGGUCGCCUGCCUUGAUGAUGUGCUGAAAAGAAUUACAAGAAAAAAAGUCAUUAAGUUCAUAACUGCCUUCAGAGACCUGCUUUUCACCUCGCUGGCUUUUCCUUUAUCCACAUUCGUCUUUUCAUUGUUCUGGGCAAUUUAUCUGUACGACCGAGAACUCAUUUACCCGAAGGCCCUAGAUGACAUGUUUCCAGAAUGGUUGAAUCAUGCAAUGCAUUCUUUCAUAUGGCCCCUCUCGCUGGCUGAGUUUUUCCUCAGACCACAUCGCUACUCAUCAAAGAAAACAGGACUCUCCGUGAUGGCCGUGUCUACUCUUGCCUAUAUUGGCAGGGUCCUAUGGAUCUACAACAACACUGGAACAUGGGUGUAUCCUGUGUUUGCCAACCUCAGCCCAGCGGGUAGAGCUGCCUUCUUCUCUCUCAGCUACUGCCUUAGCAUCGGUAUCUAUGUGUUCGGGGAGAAGCUCAACCACUUGAUAUGGGGUGACAUGGUGCAGCCGGGGAGGAAGAAGCAGAAGUGA